AUGAGCUAAUUAUUAACGGCGAGAUCAAAUAUCUAACAGUAAAUAUCGAACUACCCGUUUUCAACCGUUAACACAUCUCUCGCUCUCCCCUUCUCCCCCGUGCAUCGGCGUUCGAAUACUAAUGGCGACAAGCUCCGGCGGUGGUGAAACGCCGUUGAAGUCGCAAGCUCAACCACCCAAACCCACAUCCGAAGCUACCCCCACACCCGAAAAUCAAAAGCUUCAACCUCUCGAUUCAUCCCCAAAUCCCGUUACUCCUCCCAACCCCACCUCCGCUCCUCCCAUUCCCACCACCGAUUCCAAGCAAACAACCACUCCCGCCACCGUCAAUUCACGGCCGCGUGAACCUUACUCCGUACCUGACUCCGAUGUCAUCCACGUCCCUAGUUAUUCCAGGUGGUUCUCUUGGAACAACAUUCAUGAAUGUGAGACUAGAAUGCUCCCAGAAUAUUUUGAUGGGAAAUCACCCUCUAAAACCCCAAAAGUUUAUAAAUACUACAGAAAUGCAAUAAUCAAAAAGUUUAGAGACAGUAUGAAAGAAACCCCUCCAUCUAAAGAAAACCCUAUGCCAAAAAUCACAUUCACUGAAGCCCGAAAGACCAUUAUAGGAGACGUGGGGUCCGUAAGAAAGGUUUUUGAUUUCUUGGAAACAUGGGGUUUAAUCAAUUACUUUGGUUCACCUAUCACAAAAGCUCAAUUGAAAUGGGAAGAUAAAGAGAGUAAAAACGUUUCCGCUUCUUCACAGCAAAACACCGAUCCGGGAGCCGGAAUCACCAAUUCCGUUCCUGAUUCCGGUGUUCCGAAGAAGAAAUUUUGCAGUAGUUGCAAUUCCCUCUGCACAAUUGCAUGUUUUUCCAACAUUAAGAAAGAUACAACAUUUUGUGCAAGGUGUUAUGUUCGAGCUGGAGUUAACUCUGCAGAUUUUAAAAGAGUGGAGAUUAGUGAAGAGGUGAAGACAGAUUGGAGUGAGAAAGAAACUUUGCACCUUCUAGAAGCAGUUAUGCAUUAUGGUGAUGAUUGGAAGAAGGUGUCUGAACAUGUUGUUGGUAGAAGUGAAAAAGAAUGUGUAGAUCGUUUUAUUAAGCUUCCUUUUGGAGAACAAUAUGUGGGGCCUCCUGAUUCAAUUGACCCUGAAGAACAUUUUGAUGAUGAACCUAAUCCAAACAAAAAGAUGCGCCCCACACCAUUUGAUGAUGCUAGUAACCCCAUCCUAGCUCAGGCAGCUUUCCUUGCAACAUUAACGGGAGUAGAGGUUGCAGAAGCAGCUGCUUCUGCAGCUGUAAAGGCUUUGACCGAAGUCAACUAUGAAACUAGUAAAGAAAUUCUUGAAUCAUCUGCUGAUGAUGCAAAAGAUCAAGAUUCUGUAACAACAAAUGGUAAGAGCAACACAAAUUCAUUGGAAGGAAAAUAUCUUGAGGCAAAAUUACAGCUGGAGAAGGAAGAACAGGAUUUGGUAAAAACAAUUUCUGAUAUUGCUGAAGUUCAGGCUAAGGAUAUUCAUGAUAAGAUUAUUCGUUUUGAGGAGUUUGAAUUACAAAUGGAGAAAGAAUGGCAACAACUCCAACAAAUGCAGAAUCUUCUGUUUGCUGAUCAGCUAUCGAUUUUGUUUCACAAAAAUGAUGGAACAAAUAGGAAUGAAAAUAUGGAACAAAAAGUCAAAACCGAAUUAUCUUGA